GAGUUUGAGCCUUUGUAGGCUGUGUGACCAAUUCAGCAGAAGCUUGUGUUCAUGGCAAGAUCACCGUAUCUUCAGAUGGAGGAGAGGGUGCAGGUGCAGGUGCCAGAGCAAGGCGCCAGAAGAGGAGGGAUCAAGGACCAGCUGGUGGAGCAAGAAAAGGUGCUGCUGGUGCACAGCCAGGUCAGGAGGAUCAAGCAGGAGGACGAGGAGAUCAGGGAGCGCCUCCUGAAGCUGCAGCUGCUGGAGACCAGGCCAGCCGGCGGUUUCUAUGUGCCAGUGGCGGCGCGGCGGGUCCUUCGGUCGCUGUCCCCGCUCCGGCGUGCCGGGAACUCCGUCUCGGUCGCAGACUGAGCGUAGCUCUUCGUCUCUGUUUCCGAUCAGUUACAGUUACCAGCCUGUUGUAGAUACGUAGGGAGAGUGAGUCAUGGUGCCUGUCCAUGUUCUGCAUAUGGUCAUGGACCCAGAGCUUAGUAGACGGUAGUUUAAUGGCCGCAUCACCAUGUAUUCUAUGUUGUGUCCUGUGACAGAACUUAUGUCUUCUCUUCUUGGUCUUGUAUAUAUGAGAGAGUUUUACCUGCUUA